AUGUUGUCACCACCAGUUCAGUUCCCCUCCUACCCACCUCCCUCCCUUACUGUCACAGUCUCAAGUCAGAGAGGACAACUCCUAAGAGGAUAAUGGAGGCUCCUGGAAGAAGGACCUUUGUCGCUCUGUGUUUCUACACUGCACUACUUACUCUCUCAGAAGUAAACUCAGAGUUCGUCCACAUUCCGUCCAUGCUCAAUGGCGUCAAAGGGAAGUCCCUCCUCCUCUCCGUGGAGACUCACUUUCAAAAUGAGGAUGUUGAGAUCCAGGGCAGCUGGUACCAGACCCGGCCGGGGGGCCCCAAAACCCUCCUGGUGACCUUCCACAACCAUUCAGCCAUCAUGGUGGCCUCCAUGAGACACAGGAACCGCUUCUUUUUCCAGCCCCCCAACGCCUCUCUCCUGAUCCCCAGGCUGGACGAGGCGGCGGAGGGGGACUAUCACCUGGACCUGGAUAUUCACUUCCCCCAGAGACAGGAGCUCGUCAGGGUCGAGAGGACCAUCCAUGUCACUGUAGAUGUACCCGUGUCCACUCCUGUUAUCAGGAAAACCCCAUCUUCUACAGUUGUUGAGGACAAGGAGAACGUGACGUGGACCUGCUGGGUGGAGAACGGGACCAGGGUUCAGUACCAGUGGCUGAGGAACAACAUGCCACUAGAUGCUAGUGAUCGCCAUCAGUUCUCACAGGAUAACUCUACUCUGGUGAUGAAUCCUGUGAGGAAGAAGGACAUUGGACAGUACCGCUGCCUGGCCAGGAACCACAUCAGCCAGAGACAGAGCCACACCCUGGACCUUAAUGUAUUCUAUGGUCCUUACAACCUGGCUGUAAAGUCUGACCAUGGCUUGAGGACCGGGGAGGUCUUCACAGUGAACCCUGGUGAGCUGGUGUUCUUCGACUGUCAGGCCGACUCCAACCCUCCCAACAGCUGUAUGUGGAUCUCUAAGACCAACAAUGGCACUGAGGUCAUCACUGUGGGACUGCGCUUGGAGGUCACCUCAUACAAGCUGGCCCAGGCCGAGGAGUUCCUGUGCAGGGCGUAUAACAAUGUGACCCAGAAGCAGGAUGAGACCCAGUUCACCCUGGUGGUGGCCAGCCUGGGGAGAGGAAAGGAGAGCUAUGUCCAGGAGAGCAACUCAUUCUCUCCUCUGGCUGCCAUCACUCUGUCCUGUCUGUUCAUUACUGGCUGCAUGUUACUGGUCUACUUCAUAAAGACCUGUCAUCAUCCCAAGAGAGCUCUCAUGAACAUCUAUAACAGACCUUUGACAGAACCGAAGCGCCCACACUGUUCAGGUCAUGAGGAUGCAACUGAAGACUUUGGCAUCUAUGAAUUUGUCUCUAUACCUGGGAAAAUGGAAUCUACACAGGCAUCAAGCAGAUCUCUGGCACACCUAGAGUCUGUCCAGGAUUUGCAUACCACCAUCUAUGAUGUCAUUCGACACAUCCCUGAAACUCCCACCCUGGCUAACCAAAGUUUGCUGUUGAAGCAGUGUGAAGCCUAACUAGAGACCAAAAUAUUAUUAAAGAUACUUUCUGAGUCCCCAAGUGGAACCAUAUUCUCUGUAUAAUGCACUAUUUUUGACCACCCUAUUUCUAGAUAGGGAAUAGGGUGCCAUUUGGGACACAGUAAACAUUGUAAACAUUGUGUAAAUGAACUCCAGUGAGGUUUUCCUCCUGACAAGUGUACAUACCUUCACCAAAGUCCAAAUCACUUCUCUGAAAUCCCAUGGACAUUAUUCAUCAAUGGAUGAAUCCAAAGAGCUUUAAUGUGUGAAUAAGAUAUACUGUAUUGAUCUACUGGAAUCUAAGAUAUCUCUGCUAGUGAACUUGUUAUCUGUUUGAAUGACUGUGUUACUAAUCCUGUCAGCCGUUCAUUUACACUACAGGAACAUAUGGUACAUUUCCCACGUCUUACUUACUUUUUUCAAAUAUUAUAUUUAUUUACUUUAAAGUACAAGGGUUUUCUUUGAGAUCUCAUGAAUAUAUUUUUCUCUUGUGCUAUUUCAAGCUCUCUCUGGAAGUGGGCAAGUAUAUUUGGAUGAAUGAAUUAUCACAUUGCAAGCGAGAUACUGUCUGAUGGCUGUGUUGUCAAACAUAAUUUUUAAGCAUGUAAAUACAUCUAUUCUACAGUGCAUGCAAUUACUUUCUUUUUAUUUCAAGAAAUUACAUUUUGUUUUACUGAAUAAGUCCUAUUUAUUUCCAAGUAAAUGGAUGAUGGUCCUCUCUUUCUGAUGUAGCAUUUUUUUAUCUUGACAUUGUCAAAUUCACUCCAUCGGAGGUUGAAAUGCCAGGUGUGCUGUUGCCUGUCUGCAAAGUAUCGUACAGUUUCCUGAUACAGAUAUGUUCUUUUUGGAUUUUAAUAAAGAUUUAUAACAAUUUGA